UUGAGACUGACAGUCACUCACACUUGGCCUAUAGUGUUUGGAGUCAGCGAACGUCUCUACUUCCAAGUCUUCUGUUCACUUGGAUCUCUUAUCUACAUCAAUAUGACCAUAAGUAUCGCUCUGAUCUGGGCAGUGGUUGUGGGACUCUGCUGCCUUCUCUGGCUGGCUGUUGGGAUCCGCCGCAGACUACCUGGUGAGCCUUUCGUUGAAAAUGGCUUCAUCCCUUAUCUCGGUUGUGCUCUACAAUUUGGUGCCAAUCCUCUCCAGUUCCUCCGCAGCCGACAGAAGAAAUAUGGCCACAUUUUCACCUGCAAGAUUGCAGGGCAGUACAUACAUUUCCUGUGUGAUCCCUUCUCUUACCACUCAGUCAUCAGACAAGGCCGACACUUGGACUGGAGGAAGUUCCACUUUGCUACAUCAGUGAAGGCCUUUGGACAUGACAGCUUUGACCCUCGCCAUGGUCACACCACAGAAAACCUCCAUCAAACCUUCCUGAAGACCCUGCAGGGUGAGGCCUUGCCCUCCCUCAUAGAGUCCAUGAUGGGUCAUCUCCAAGAUGUGAUGCUUCAGUCUGACACUCUAAAUCCUAGCAAAGAGUGGGAAGUGGAUGGCAUCUUUGCUUUCAGCUACAAGGUAAUGUUUGAGUCUGGAUACCUGACUCUGUUUGGCAAAGACCUUGGGGAUGAUAAGAGUCAUGCACGGCAGGCGGCUCAGAAAGCUUUGGUCCUAAAUGCGUUGGAGAAUUUCAAGGAGUUUGACAAGAUCUUUCCAGCACUGGUCGCUGGACUUCCCAUCCACGUCUUCAAAAGUGCCUAUUGUGCCAGAGAGAAUCUCGCAAAGACAAUGAAUCCUGAGAAUUUGUCAAAGAGGCAGAACGUGUCGGAUUUGAUCUCCAUGCGCAUCAUUCUAAACGAUUCCUUGUCUACGUUCAACGACCUGAGCAAGGCCAGAACACAUGUUGCUCUGCUCUGGGCCUCGCAGGCCAACACCCUACCUGCAACCUUCUGGAGUCUUCUCUACAUGAUCAGGAGUCCGGAUGCCAUGCAAGCAGCCAAAGAAGAAGUGAAAAAAGUAUUAGACGGUGUAAAAGUAGAUCCCAAUGGACCCAAGCUCAGCCUUUCUCGAGACCAGCUGGACAACAUGCCAGUUUUAGACAGCAUCAUAAGGGAGGCCAUGCGUCUUUCCAGUGCCUCAUUAAACAUACGUGUUGCCAAAGAAGACUUUCUGCUACAUCUUGACAACCACGAGGCCUACAGAAUAAGAAAAGAUGAUGUUAUUGCACUGUAUCCGCCAAUGUUGCACUAUGACCCAGAGAUCUUUGAGGACCCCUAUGAGUACAAGUUUGACCGUUUCCUGGAUGAGAAGGGUCAGGAGAAAACCACUUUCUUCCGUGGUGGGCGAAGACUACGCUAUGUCUGCAUGCCAUUUGGCUCAGGUGUCACCAAAUGUCCAGGCAGGUUUUUUGCCAUCUAUGAAAUCAAACAGUUUCUGACUUUGGUCCUGGCCUACUUUGACAUGGAGCUACUUGACCCUGCUGUCAAGGUCCCACCUCUUGACCAGUCACGCGCCGGGCUAGGAAUCCUGCAGCCUACCUAUGAUGUGGACUUCCGAUAUAAGCUCAAAUCAAACUUCUGAACUUUCAAAGAUGAUGUACAUAUUGUACAUAGUUUAUAUUUAUAUUCCCUGUAUAUGUACAUAUUUUAAUUGUGAGGAGCAUUUCACUUUCACUUGGUAUUUUUUGCAGGUCCAUAAUUUCAAUAAAUAAUGUUUGUUGUCAAGACAAAUGACCCCCGAAAUCCCAAUAGAAUAUUGGUAGACCUCGAAAACUGAAAAUAUUGUGAAAGAUGCUGUUGUCUUAUUGUGCAGAGUUCAGAAUAGAAUCUGAAUAUCUAUCAUGCUAUGGUCAGUCUUGAUGAGUUCACCACCACUAUCUGUGAAAAAAAGUUAUUACUUUUUUACAUCUUAAUACUAUUUGAAAAGAUAAUACUACACAUUUGCCAGUUUAUUUGGCUCAUUGGAAGCAUAUUUUUGUUUGAUGAUUUCCGGGUUCCUUCAAACAUCCUUCUGUCAUUUGUGAACAAGAGGCCAAACUGCUUUCCCGAUUUUGAAUGAGUAUUCUAUCUUUUUUUGAUUUCUGACAUGAAUGUGUUGAUCUAAAACAUCAGAUUUGGUGGUCUUAGCUGGAUGAAGGACCACCUUUCCUGCAAAAAUCUGAGAUUUAACCCUCACUAUUAAUCCCUUGCCUUGUUCAUAAAUAUUAUGAACCAGUUAGACGUAUUAUGCGGACCUGAAUCUGACCAUAUACUGGUCCACCCACUACCCAAUAUUCCUGGAGCACUUUCCUCAAGAACCCCAGAGGAACAUGGGCCAAUGCUUUCAAAUUCAACAGAACCAAUGCAAACAGUUGGGCAAACUCCCAUUCACUCACUGGGAGUGAAGAGCUGAUCAACCAUUCUACAGAAAUCUGUCAACUGAGGUACUGCUGCACCACCAAAAGCCUUGAAUGUGGAUCUCACUUACUGUAGCCCCACCGACAGGUCACCAACAGGCUUUAAUUGUCUAAAUAACAACAUGUUGAAUGUCACAAUAAGAUGACCAAUGAUAUCGGACUUUUCUUUAAGGAUGCCAAGGCAAUAAUUUUAAAUGAAUGUGCUCUUUAUUCUGAAACCAGAUAAUAUGGAGUAACCGGCAAUUUCCCCAUCCAAACUAUGUAUUUGCUUUUCAUGGUUUUUAAUCACUUGAUGAUUGUGUAUGAUUCUCGUGUUUGACUUGAUAGACAACAUAAUUCUUUAACAUUGAUCCUUUGUGGCCAGAUAUGGUGUUGGCUGACCUCAGAGUUUGCUCUGACAGAUUGGCGUUGGCCAACAUCUACUUUUAUCAGAUAACGUCGCCAUGACGUUCAUGAUAAGUUGUAUGACAAUGCUUAUCUCAUUAUACCACCUUGAUCAUUUCCAAUUUGUUCAAAAACAAAUAAAUACAAUAUAAAUUUG